UCUUAAACAAACUCCUCCACCUGGCCCUUAUCCAAAAUUUUCCUCUUCCAAAAAUCUUCACUCCUUCUCUCUCUCUCUUUAACCUAUUCCCAAUCCGCGGCGAAUCUCCGCCGAUCUGUACCAGAAAUUUCCAUGGCUGGUACCCAUUCUCCCUUUCUUCUUCUUCUUCUUCUCUGUUUCUUAACCCUCUUCCAUGGCUCAACCUUCUCUCUAGUCAUUCCACUCACCAAAGAUUCCGUCACCAAUCACUAUUUGGCCACUGUCUACCAUGGCUCUCCGAUUAAGCCUCUCCAUCUCGCCGUCGAUCUCGGCGGCCAGUCUCUCUGGAUGGCCUGUGGUGCAUCUUCUUCCAGCCGCUCGAUUCCCAGCCGCUCCAUUCAGUGUAUUGCGGCCACUGGUGGGGGUAGAUCUGGGUCUGUUGGCGGCGUGUGUGAUGUAAUCGCUCGGAAUCCGUUUGGGGAUUUGGAAGGGAAGGCGGUUCUGGUCGAGGAUACGGUAGCCUUGAGGUCUUUGGAUCGGUCAACGGCGGCGGUAAUUGUUGCUCUUCAUUCUUGUGCUCCGAGGUUUCUUUUACAAGGUUUGGCGAAAUCUGUUAAAGGGAUUUUAGGGCUUGGUCGGAAUCAAAUCUCGCUUCCGGCUCAGAUCGCGACGGAGCUCGGUUCUCACCGCCGGUUUUCUAUCUGUCUUUCGUCGACGAACGGCGUCGUUUUUCCGGAUAGUGGAAGUCAAGACUCUGUUUAUGGAUCUGAGAUUUCGAGUUCUUUGACUUACACGCCGAUUUUGACUAAGAAAAUCGACGCCUCGCAGUCGCCGGAGUAUUUCAUCAACGUAAAAGCCAUUAAAGUCGACGGCAACCGCCUCGAUCUGAAUAAGUCGUUGCUCGAUUUAGACGGCGGAGGCGACGGAGGAGGCGGAGGGACAAGAUUAAGCACGGUUGUUCCUUACACUGCCUUAGAGAGUUCAAUCUUUAACUCUCUGAUUGCGGCUUUCAGGGCGGCAGCGGCAGCGAUGAACAUGAAAGAAGUAGCGCCGGUAGCGCUGUUUGAGGCAUGUUUUGAAUCGGAAAACAUGGAGAUGACGGCAACAGGGCCAAAAGUGCCGGAGAUUGAACUGAUUUUGCAGAGCGAGAUGGUGGGAUGGAAAAUCAAUGGAAGAAAUUCAAUGGUGAAGGUUAACGAUGAAGCUUUCUGUUUAGGGUUUGUUGAUGGUGGAUUGAAGCCGAGAAACGCCAUCGUUUUGGGAGGGUAUCAAAUGGAGGAUAUCGUUCUUGAUUUCGACAUGGGAACUUCCAUGCUCGGAUUUAGUUCCUCUUUGUUGCAGAGGAAGAGAUCUUGCUCGGAAUUCUCGCCGGAAAAUUUACUGAAAAGAACAGGAUGAUUUGGGAAUGAUGAAACUGAAAUUAGGGGUAAAAUUUUGAGGGUCCUUUUUUUAAAUUUGGAAAUUAGGAUAUUGCUGUGUACUAUGGGAGGAUAUAUUUUUUUUUUCCCUUUUUUGGGGCAAUAUUUUGAGAUCUGUAUGUUAUUUUUCUAGUUCCAGCAUACUUUUUUUUUUCUUUUUGUUAUGACUUGUGAUAAUUAACUUAAAAGAAUUAUAAUCGAGAUCUAAUUUUUGUUA